AUGGAAUCAUCUAGCUCUAAAUCCCCUCGGUCCCCUUCGGCCGUUCGUUUCCCCACGAACCUCAACACGUGCACCACUAACGACGAGCGAGCUGAAAAUGGUUACGGGAAGAGAAAAUUAGUCGUCGCGAACGAGAUGGAUUUUUUCACGGACGAGAAAGAGAAUCAUGUCCGCGAUGACGAUCGUGAUGAGGGUAUCGAUAGAAGUUUACAUUUGAGUGGACCAUCGUCUUCAAUCAUGGAUUUCAAUCAUGUCAAUACUGAUUUGUUACUUCUAACGUCCGAAAACACGAACGCUAGCGACCGAUCCUUAGUAGAAGGUGGAACAUCUUCAAACUCCGAGCAGGGGAGGAAAUUUGAGCUUAGGAUUAUGAGAAGUGAGCUAGAAAGAAUGAGCACGGAAAAUCGUCGUCUCAAGGAGAUGUUGAACCAGAUGACGAACAAUUACAACGGCCUUCAUAUGCAUUUGAUGACGGUCAUGAAGCAAAACGAGCAACAACAACAACAAAAAAGCGUAAUUAAUCAUCAUCACCAUCAUAGUGGAGGCCGAGGAGAGUGUAGAAAUUCGUGUUGCGGACAGUUGACGGACCUUGGGCUUGCAAUGGGGGGCGACACGGAGGAUCAUGCCUCCCUAUCAUCCUCCGAGUGCAGGGAUCACUGGCCCACGGUCGAUAAAGAGAGAGACAACAAGAGUCCGGAAAAUAAAGUAAUUACUUCUAGGCACGGUUCAAGUUCCGAUCCUAGUAAGAGUAGUGUCGAUCAAGCCACCGAGGCCGCCAUCAAGAAGGCUCGAGUAUCAGUUAGGGCCCGGUCGGAGGCUCCUAUGAUAACCGAUGGAUGCCAAUGGCGCAAAUACGGGCAGAAAAUCGCAAAGGGAAACCCGUGCCCUCGCGCGUAUUAUCGAUGCACCAUGGCCGCCGGUUGUCCCGUUCGAAAACAAGUCCAAAGAUGCGCCGAUGACAAAACCAUCCUCGUAACGACAUAUGAAGGCAACCACAACCACCCGCUACCUCCAGCGGCCAUGGCCAUGGCCUCGACCACAUCAUCGGCCGCUCGGAUGCUACUUUCCGGCUCGAUGCCGAGCGCCGAUGGCCUAAUAAACUCGAACAUCCUCGCAAGGACUCUCCUCCCUUGCUCCUCCACCAUGGCCUCGAUCUCCGCCUCCGCUCCUUUCCCCACCGUUACCCUAGAUCUAACCGAGUCCCCUAACCCACUCCAAUUUCCAAAAAUGCCCUCAGCCGGAAAUUUCCCUCUCACGUUCCCGAACAAUACUAUCUUGCCUCAAAUGCUCGGCCAGGCAUUGUACAACCAAUCGAGGUUUUCCGGCGACACGACGGCGAAUGCACUGGCGGCAAAUCCAAAUUUCGCGGCGGCUUUGGCGGCGGCCAUUGGCUCGUUGGUUGGAGGCGGCUCGGGCUCGGGCGCGAACAACAAUGCGAAUGGGGAGAGUAAUAACAAUGCGGGUAACAACAAUGGAAGCGGUGCGAACCCUAGCAACAAUAACAAUAUGUAG